AGUUUGUCCACCAUGUGUUGCCGUAGUUAUUGUUUAACCGGACGGCUGGAUGUGUUUUAGCAGAUCCGCGGCUGGGAGAAAUAAAUGGAAUAAACAGAGAAAAGCACGCUGAGCAGCCAUGAGUGACAUUCGCCAUGCUUUGCUGCGGCGCGACCCGCUGAGCGCGGCCAAGGAGGUGCUCUACCAUCUGGACAUAUCGCUGGGCAGCGCCCUGCAGAGUGCCCCAGGACCAGCACCGGGCCUGGACAAGAGUACCGUGGACCUGGUGGAAGAGUUCAUCUUCCAGGUGUCCAAAGACAGGAAUGUACAGCGAAAGAGAAUGAGCUGUGUUCAGGAGCUGCAGCUCCUGGAGAUCAUGUGCAGCUACUUCCAAGAGCAGAGCAAGGAUGCCAUCCGGCAGGUCAUCUUCUCUGCCCUUUUCGGUCUUCAAGGCAACAAGGCUGACGAGAGCCGCAUGUCCAUGCUGGGCAAGCUGGUGUCGAUGGCGAUUGCUGUCUGUCGGGUGCCGAUCCUAGACUGUGCUGCCACCUGGCUACAGCGUACACACUCUGCGUGGUGUGUCCGACUGGCGCGGGUAUUGGUGGACGAUUACUGUAUGUUGGUGCCCUGCUCCAUCUCCACCCUGCAGAACAUCUGCUCGGCCAGCCCUCGCUUCUGCUGUCAGCUCAUCACUGCAGUCACGGCCCUGUACGAUCUCUCCUCAGAUGAGCUAACACCACCCCCUGCCCUUUUGGAGAUGGUGGUUGGUUGGAUCACAGAAGACCCCAGAUUACUCCUGCUCACCUUUAUCAACACGCCUCUCACAUCUAGCUUACCAAUCGGCUGCCUGGAAGUCACGCCUCUCAUGGGCCUCCUCCGAUGGUGCGUGAAGGCACCGCUAGCCUAUCAGAGAGGCCGAAAGUCAACGGUGACCAACGGCCACGUGGAUACAGAAAAAGUGGGAGAAUGUGAGGAGCUGUACUCCAAACUCCACCUGAGCGUUCUUCAAGUCUUUCUCAUGUUACAGGUCCACCUUACAGAACAGAAUCUGCUUGGACGGCUAGCUGUAUUGCAGGCAGAGUCUGUUGCUGUCCUUGUCGAGGAAGUGAGUCGUUUAGUGGACGAGCUUAACCCUCUCCAUGCCGCCAAUGAAAUCCAGCUGGCUCUGGAUAGGCUGGCCCAAGCCCUACAAGUCGCCAUGGCAACAGGAGCCUUGUUAUGUACCAGAGAGGACCUGCGGACUCUGUGCUCAAGACUGCCUCACAACAAUCUUUUACAGCUGGUCAUGUCCGGUCCUGUCGUCCAGCCUCCACCACACAGCGGACCCUUCCAGCCGAGCCUCUAUCCCUACAUCCAUCCUGCUCGGCCUUCUCCUCUCUCACCCCACGCCACACACCAAGCAGCCCUCUCCUCUCCACACGCCGCCCACCCAGCCCUCUCUCCACUCCCCACACAUCCAGCCCUGUCACCACACCGCCCCUUAACACCUCAUACUGCACACUCCCCCCUCCCACCACACGCCUUCCAUCCUGCCGCCAUGGCCUUCCCCUACCGGCCCAUCCGCUAACCCAGCAAAGGGGUAUUGGACUUUCAGAGGUGGAGAAGAAAUGGAUUUAUGAGGGUUUGAAUGACCUUACUGGGGAAAAAUGUGGACGGGGAAAUGACCUGAUGUGUUCUUCAAGUUUGAGAAUGAACUGUGAUUUUCUUUUUUAACUGCUGAAAAGCAUUUACCAUAAACAUCCCACCCUAUAUUUUCUCUAGGCACUUCGAUGAAUUAAGCUAAUGGUUAUUCAUGUUUUUAUACCAAUUUGGAAGUGCCACAGAUUGAACACCUGUUUACUUUGGUUUGUUCAACUAUGUUUAUAGGGAAUUAAAUCAUUGAAACAUUUUGAAUAAUGUGAAAAAUCUGUUGUUUUUGUAUAUUCCACAAAAAGAUGUCCAAUUAUGGUUUAGUUAGGAUGCUUUAAAAUGUUUCAGAAGACUUUGAGAUGUAGCACUGCUAACAGUUUUUAUACUUUUUCAGCCUUUGGUUUCAAAGUUUCAAGUCUUGAGUUUUUAAUGAUGUUAAAAACAGCUGGGCUGGUUGUAACACCACAAAGCUCACCUGUUGGUUAGUCUAGCAUAACGACAACCCUAUUCAGGAAAAAACUGUAAUUUGUAAUAAUAAAUAAAUAAUUCCAGGAAAAAACACAAUGCUGCUAGUUUACUGGUAAUAAUCUACUCUCUUGCCUCAUUUAGAUAAUUCAUGGAACCAUCACAGAGACAUAACAGGGCUUAACUUUUUCUUAACUCUAAAUGGAUAUAAAGUUGAAUGACAUUUAAAUUGGUCUCAGCUGCUUGUAGGCUGACCUAGACAGGAAAUUUCCUUUAGCUUUUUUAUGGUGUUUAUUUGGGAAUAAACAAACAAACAGACUUGUACUUCAUUUUUAUGUGCCCCCUAAUGGCUUUGUCUCCAUUAAAGAUAUUUUCAUGCAGUUUA